UAGACACGUUAAAUUGUCGCCAUUAACUUUGGGCGACGGAAAGAGUUUAAACUGACAAAAAUUGUAGUUUAAAUAAUCAAUUGGUUAGCAAAGCAAUUGAGACAAAAUCAAGACUUUUGUCUUUAAUUGAAAAUUUAGAGUCGAAAUGAUUAGCCGUAAUAAUUAUGUCAUGUCUAAUCACUGUUAAUAGUUUAAUAAUCUUGAAAAGGUUUGUCUGUCUGAAUAAUUAGUCGAGUAUAUAAACUGAAAAUUUGAUUCAUUUUUGGCCAGAAAACUUUCAACAAUCAACUAACAAACAACAACCAACAAGACAACAAAACAAAGACAAAACUCGCAAAAAUGAUUUCAUUCAAAUUGAUCCUUUGUAUUGCUUUGAUCGCAAUGGCUUCAGCUCAAGACUAUGAUGGUGAUAGCGGUGAUUUUGACGGUGAUGCUGGUGGACCUGAUAUGGGUGGAUUCGACAGUGAGGCCGGUUUCACUGGAGGAAUGAGUGGCUCAUUUGGCGGUGACGCUGAGAGUGGAGCUUCCUUUGAAGGAUCCCUUGGAGGUGGUGAGGCUGAAGAGUCACGGAAAGCUGCUGCUUCAGUUCCUUUAGUAUACAAAAUACUCGCUGCACCAAAAAACUAAACACAAAUUAACUUAA